GCAAUCAUGGACGCCCGUUGGACCUUGCAAGAAGUUCGAGGCCGAAUUCAACGAUGGUAGGCUGGAAAUUUUUUGGCAGAUUUCCAAGUGAUGGAUGACUGAUGCUGACGGCGGACCCCUCUCCAGUAUUCCUCUCUCAUGUCUUCACUGUAGUGUUGUGCGGUGCACAAGUUCUAGAUUCAAUCAUCGGAUCGGACUCCUUGUUGGAAAUUUUCUUCUUCAUCAGCUUGACGAAUAUAUGUCAAGCCCGACCAGUUGACUUCCGCAUUAAUUUGGUAAAUCUUCGGCUUCUGAGAGCUUGAAUUAGUGUCAAUUGUUGUUGGUUGUUUGUGCCAUGGAUCGUCGAAUCUGAGAUGUUCAAAUUUGCUUCCAGGUUAGGGUUUUAGUUUUUUCGUUUAUAGUUAAUAUAUAUGUUUUUCAAUUGAAAGCUGCGUUGUUGGAUGGGAGGAUCCUAGUUUUCAAUUUCGGCGUGAAAAAUUGAUUCGAUUGCGUGAGAAUCUGAAAUUGGCUGAGAACUUGGUGUGGAGUAGACAAAAUUAAAUCUGUAAAAAUGUCGCCUGAUCUCUGUGGAUCAAGCUUGCUCUUGUCUCUGCCGGACGAUGUGUUUUCUGUAAUCACGGCUUCCCUCUCGCCGAGGGAUGUUUGUAGCCUGGGUCUCACCUGUAGGGAUCUGAAUCUGUGUGUGGCUUCGGACAAGGUGUGGUUGUUUCAAUGUGAUAAGCUGGGAAUGGUUCAGUGCCCUACUCUGAUUGAGUGGAGGAAGGGGGUUUCUUCAUUCAAAUCUCUUUGCCGAUUCUUGUUGAGUGUUCGUCCAUUGAUGGGCAUUUGGGUUCACCAGAAUCCGGAGCUCGGCAAUGUGGUGUACAUCAUGCCUGGAUUUUUAUCAGUUGUUGCUUGUCGGAUAAUCCCUCAGGAGGUUGGUCCUCUAGGGCUCGAAGACGGUCCGAUCUUGUGGACUCCUGUGUUUGAAAUUAUCUGCAAUCAUGAGGGCUCUUCGGCAUUUUUCUUACAUGGGAGGGAGCGGGGGAUUGAUUAUGUUUAUCCUGGUUUUCUUAAAUCCGCCGAUGGGAAUUGGAACGUGCUUUUGCUUGAGGUAGAGUCUAGGCAUAAAAGAAAUGGAGGGAAACUAGCAUAUAGCAAAAGUUUUGCUAAUGAAGCAGAUGAAGAGGUGUCGUGUAGGUUAUCUAGGUCAAAUACCAGGGCUUCUAAGUCGCAGAGGAUUGUUGGACAGAAGGGGCCUGCGAUACCUUUUAGCCGUUUGGCAUUUGGUGAUCGGAGAAGGCUUUUAGACGUUGUCACUAGCCAAGUCAGAUUGAUUGUUCCCAGUGAAGCGAAUGGGCUGUUGUUUCCUCAUCUGAGAAAGGAUGAUGCCGACUGGCAACGGGAUGUGGCCUUGUUGCAUGAAAGGAGGUCGUUGCUUUUGCAAAUGUACAAACGCCGUGGAGCAGGGAAUCAUGGUCAUAUGUCUGAUUUGGAAUCACCUCUAAAUCCUACUGAAUUGGGAACAAGCGAGAUCUGUAAGCGUCUCGAUUGUGUUAGCGGAUAUCGUUCUUCACGUGGUGGAGAUGAAGGUCAGGCUCCAUGCACUAAAGGCAGGACCCUCUCGGGGUUUUUGCGAAAUGGCAUAAAACAGAUACUCGGGAAAUCGAGCGCAACAACAAAUAGUAGUAGCCGUGAGUUGCAUAAGAAGCUUUCUUCAGCUUCUGAGGCGAAACACGUGCAGCUUCAUGAAUUUCUUCAAUCAGGAGAUACCAUCGGUUUAUGCUUACGUGCUGUGACUAUGAAACUAUCUUCAUACCGAGCGUGGCCGAAUAUGCACGACAGCCGAUUUGCCCUGUAUAAGCUGCCGGUGUGCGCGCCAAAGCCAGGCCAUGAAUAUGCCGGUCUAUGGGGGGGAACUUUUGGUUGGCCCCCGGGGAAGCCAUCUGAGGACAAGCCAGGAAAAGCCCUUUUCUUUAUCUUAAUUUCAUACGAGGAGUCCGAAGGGCAGCGUUUACUAAUUGGCACAAAGAUAUUGGAAGGUACAUCUUAUGUCCUGCACCCUAAUGGCUCGGCUAUGUUCAUUGUUAAUAUAGAUCAACCAUCAACGGACACAUUCCCGUGGGAUACGGAUGAGGACUCGAAUCAUAUUGAUGUUAAGCAGUCUUACUUGGGAGAAGGUAUUGCAAAUGGUUACGGGUUCAGGUACCCUGGUUCUAAACCUGGCUCGUUAUUUGUUAUUCAAAAUGGAUUGAUGGUGUUCUUAUGGCGGGAGUCUCGGGCUGUGUUGGUGUUGCGGAGGCUUGACUUGGCAGAUCUUUUGAGGAAAGGUGAAAGGAUGCCAUCUUUGUCCCCUGUUUCCAACUUUGCAUAUCUGACCAAGACGUACUCCAAUGUGUUCUCUGGUUUUUCGAAUUCGUCGAAUACACUAAGGUGAGCUAUUCGACUUCUUCGAUCGAUACUUGGAUGGCAUUCUGAACAAACAAGUCCUGUCUUCCUGCACAAGGUUCAAUUUCAGUAAAGUCCAUCGAUUUUGCAGUAGUUAUGGUGUGUUAAUUGAAAGCCUAGAUAUAAUGAAUAAGAGAAUAAGGGCUUAUUUUCACAGUUACCAGCUUUAAAAGUUAUAUUUCAUUUAAAAAUACUUUUGGAUGAUAAAGCAAAUAUAUCCUUUAUUCCUGUUCA